ACAAUACCCCUAGACACCCAGACAAAACACCCCGAAACACCCAGACACGACACCCCUAGCCACCCAGACACGACACCCCCUAACACCCAGACAAAACACCCCGAAACACCCAGACACGACACCCCUAGCCACCCAGACACGACACCCCCUAGUCAACCAGACAUAACACCCCUAGACACCUAG